UAGUAGUAGCAGUAGUCCCAGGCCCCAGCUCUUCUAAACAUUCUGAAACUGAAAUCAAGCGAAUCAGGAGAAAAUUAAAUUUGUACUGUAUUUGGUCUUGUAUUGUUCAACUCUGAAAGAGGUUGUGGUCGUUGUAAAAGUUAUUCCUCCCUAACAUGAUACCACAUGAACAAACUGUAAAUGCGAGUAUGCCUGGAAACUCUCAGUUCAUUUUUGAUCUCAAGGGCCACAGAUCAAAAUGCCUUUUAUAACCCAGGUAAAAAAAUAAGUCACUCAGGAAUAGUUUUGGUUGUCCACCUAUCCACUCUGUGUGCAUGGCGUCCAUCCUAUUGGACACAGAACCUGUCAGUCAAACAGGUAAUAGGAAGCAGCGAGCAAACAGGAAGGAGUCUCUCUGACUUUGGUUCUGGCAGCUUUCCUUUGUGUAAACCAUCUCCCACCUGUGGGAGCGAGACGCUAAUUUUUGUGUUGAACAAGCUUGCAAACCAAAUGAACUGGAAACCUGGAUUACUCUCAUGCAUCAGGGGAACUGUCGGCGCUGCGACAACUCGUGAUGUGCUGCUGCGGUGGAGUGUGACUGCUGAACAACGGUCAGGUUUUAUUGCUGCAGCAAUAAAGGAAAGAACCAGUGAAGCUCAGUGCUGGAACGAGUCAUCCACCUGCAUGCAGGACUCAAGCCGGGCUCCUCUCGGCCCCCUCGGCCCCCCCGCUGUGGUAGGACUGCAUAGUGUGCCGAUUUAUACUAACAAGCAGGGGUCGACAGAUUAUCAGCGUGGCCGAUUGUUGGGGCCGAUAUUUGGCAUUUUGCUGAUUAUCGGUAUUGGUAUUAUAUUUUAAUGAUCAAAUUAAUCAAUUAAAAGUGCAACGAAAGUGUCAGCACGGGAGGAACUUUUACUUUGUAAAACCUCAGGGAGAUAUUUUUUUUAUUCAUUUUUCAUUUAAAUUCCACUUGAGCUUAUAAAUGAUGUUGAACGUUUUAGUUUUGA